AUGGCUUCAAAUUGUGCCGAUGCUCGUAAUCUACCCCCGAUGAAGGCCACUUCUAACGGGAUUUUCCAAGGAGAGAUUCCCAUCGAUUACGCACUCCCUCUCCUCGUUAUACAAAUCUGCCUUGUGCUCCUAUUCACUCGAGCACUCGCUUACCUUUUCAAGCCAUUGAAACAACCUCGUGUUAUUGCAGAGAUCGUCGGUGGAAUUUUACUCGGACCGUCGGCGUUAGGCCGGAACAAGACAUAUCUUCAUGCAGUUUUUCCGGCGAGGAGCCUAACGGUGUUGGACACUUUAGCCAAUCUUGGGCUUAUGUUCUUCCUCUUCCUUAUUGGACUCGAGCUCGAUUUAAACUCGCUUUUCCGGACAGGGAAGAAAGCUCUGAGCAUAGCGGUGGCCGGAAUCAGCCUCCCAUUCGGGUUAGGAGUUGGUGUUUCGUUCAUCCUCCGCCGGACCAUCUCUGAAGGUGUGAACGCCGGUCCGUUUAUCGUUUUCAUGGGGGUAGCGAUGUCAAUCACAGCGUUCCCUGUGCUAGCACGUAUCCUAGCGGAACUCAAGCUCUUGACCACCGACAUCGGUAAAACCGCCAUGUCAGCCGCUGCCGUUAAUGAUGUGGUGGCCUGGAUCCUGCUCGGUCUCGCAGUGGCCCUCUCCGGCUCGGGCCGUUCACCUCUUGUUUCUCUAUGGAUUUUCUUGUGUGGGCUUGGUUUCAUUACCCUCUGCUCGUUGGUUGUCCCACCGGUUUUCAGAUGGACGGCUCGGCGGUGCCCGGAUGGCGAGCCGGUGGACGAGGUGUAUGUUUGUGCCACUCUUGGGGUGGUUUUGGCUGCCGGAUUUGUGACGGACGCUAUCGGGAUUCAUGCGCUUUUCGGGGCGUUUGUGAUCGGAGUUUUGAUCCCGAAAGAAGGUGCAUUGCCAAAAGCAUUAGUCGAAAAAGUCGAGGAUCUCGUAUCGGGCUUAUUCCUCCCGCUUUACUUCGUGUCGAGUGGUUUAAAGACCAAUGUGGCCUCAAUUCACGGGACUAAGUCCUGGGCUCUACUCGUUUUGGUCGUUUUUACGGCUUGUUUUGGAAAGAUUUUCGGUACCACUGUGGUUUCGAUGGCGUGUAAAAUCCCUUUCGUGGAGGCUCUUACGCUCGGAAUCUUGAUGAACACGAAAGGCUUGGUCGAACUCAUCGUUCUCAACAUCGGAAAAGACCGAGGCGUGUUGAAUGAUCAAACGUUCGCGAUACUCGUUCUGAUGGCCCUUUUCACGACAUUUAUAGCGACGCCUUUGGUCGUUGUGAUAUAUAAUCCGAAGAAAAGGCUCACGAAAUCUGAUCGUCCAGAACUAGGGUCGGAAACUUGUUAA